AAGGGGAAAAAAAAAAAAGCAACCAACCCAGCAAACCACCCAACCCAACAUUUCUUUUUUUUUCAUGGAGAGCAAAAACCCCAGGCAAGCGGAGGAGGACCGGGACUCCUUUGCGCGGAGACCUUUGCAUCAAAAUGCUGAUAGUCGAAAAAACGACUGACUACCCUUCGGCUGAGUACUCCCUGGUGGAGGAUGUAGCCCUCCACUUCACGUGUUUGAUGGACAGACUGAACGAGCAGCGCCUCUUUCAGCCGGACCUGUGCGACGUGGACAUCGUGCUGGUGCAGCACAAGAGCAUCUUCCCGGCGCAUAAGGGAGUCCUGGCGGCCUACAGCCAAUUCUUCCACUCCCUCUUCACCCAAAACAAGCAGCUGCAGCGUGUGGAGCUCUCUCUGGAGGCCCUCACCUCGCAGGGCCUCCAGCAGAUCCUCAACUUCAUCUACACCUCCAAGCUCCUCGUCAACUCCUGCAAUGUGCAGGACGUGCUGAACGCGGCCGCCGUGCUGCAGAUGAACAACAUUGCCUCCUCCUGCCAGGACCUCCUCGACACCCGCUCGCUCAGCCUGGCUGCCGACAUGGCCCUGCCUGCCGAGGGCUGCGCCGGACCCCCACCCUACUACUGCGAGAUCAAGCAGGAGGUGGAUGUCCCCCAUCCCAAGAUCUACGCCCGGGAGGGCAACGACCCCUACUCGGUGCGGGUGGAGGAUGGAGCAGGUGGUGGGACGCUCCCCGCUGGUCCAGCCAAGCAGUACUACAAGGAGGAGAAGGAUAGUGGUCCAGGCGCUGUCUGUAAGAUGGAGGGCGAGGAGUCCGAGGAGGACCUGGACAGCCAGGGCUCAUACAACCGAGAGCAGAUCAUCGUGGAGGUGAACCUCAACAACCAGACCCUCAACGUCUCCAAGGGCAUGGAGGGGAAGGCAGCCGCCAGCGAGGCGGCCGUGAUGGGGAGGCCUGACGGUGAUGGGCGUGACACGGAGGAGGAUGGGGAGGGGGAGAACGAGGAAGGAGAGGAGGAGGAGGAAGAGGAGGAGGAUGCGGAGGUGGGUGAGGAGGAAGAGGAGGAGCACAGCGAGGAGGAAGACUUGGAGGAGACAACGGAAGAAGAGGACGAUGACGACGACGAUGAAGACACGUCGGAGGUGAAAAGGGAAAAGGGUGGGCAGCCCCGCAGAGGCAGCCGGGCGUCCAAAGCCACCAAACCUGCCGUGGCAACCAGGUCCCAGGAGAUGGCCAAGGUGGAAGAGGAGGAGGAGGAGGAAGAGGAAGGCCAGCGAGGGAGGAAGAGGAAAAAGGAACAGGACGGUUUGGGCCAGAAGGUGAAGCUGGAGGAGAAGCAGCACUACCCAUGCAAGAAGUGCCCCCGGGUCUUCAACAACCGCUGGUACCUGGAGAAGCACAUGAACGUCACGCACAGCCGCAUGCAGAUCUGCGACAAGUGUGGCAAACGCUUCCUGCUCGAGAGCGAGCUGCUGCUGCACCACCAGACCGACUGCGAGAAGAACAUCCAGUGUGUGACGUGCGGAAAGGGGUUCAAGAAGCUCUGGUCCCUCCACGAGCACAACAAGAUUGUCCAUGGCUACGCCGAGAAGAAGUUCUCCUGCGAGAUCUGCGAGAAGAAGUUCUACACCAUGGCCCACGUGCGGAAACACAUGGUUGCUCACACCAAGGACAUGCCGUUUACAUGCGAGACCUGCGGGAAGUCCUUCAAGCGCAGCAUGUCCCUCAAGGUCCAUUCCCUCCAGCACUCUGGGGAAAAGCCUUUUAAAUGCGAGAACUGCAACGAGCGCUUCCAGUACAAGUACCAGCUGCGCUCCCACAUGAGCAUCCACAUCGGCCACAAGCAGUUCAUGUGCCAGUGGUGCGGCAAGGACUUCAACAUGAAGCAGUACUUCGAUGAGCACAUGAAGACGCACACGGGCGAGAAGCCCUACAUCUGCGAGAUCUGCGGGAAGAGCUUCACCAGCCGCCCCAACAUGAAGCGGCAUCGCCGGACCCACACAGGCGAGAAGCCGUACCCCUGCGACGUCUGCGGCCAACGCUUCCGCUUCUCCAACAUGCUCAAAGCCCACAAGGAGAAAUGUUUCCGCGUCAGCAACCCCUUGGCUUUGGACACAGCCGCCCCCCAACCCACUGCCAGCCCGGCCCCGCUGCCCCCCGGCCCCGGUGUCUCCCCCCUGCCCCUGCCGCUGCUUCAUCCCCUUCCACAGACCCUCCCUCCUCCUCCUCACCUACCACCACCCCCUCCCCUCUUUCCCGCGGGGAGGAUAAAUUCGAACAACAACUAGGUGCCCCCCACCCCGGCCAUGCGCCCGCACGGACUGCUCGGCCCUUCGGGAACGCCUCCCCCUGGGGAGCCAAGGCUUUGCUUGCUCUCUACCCCCCUUCCUCCUCGUUUUGGGGUUGUUUUGGGUUUGUUUUUUUUUUUUUCCUUUGUCUCACCUGUCAUUCUCCGUGGAGAGGGGGAGCAGGAGGAAGCCCCACCCUGAGGAGCAUGGGUGUUAGGGGGGGAACCGCCGUCCGUCCGUAAGGGUGUAGGUAAAAGGCGUCGCUCUCCGUUUCAUCUUCCCACGCACUGGCUUCAUCUUCGUGCCGGCAUGCUGGCAGGGCUCGGAGGAGCAGGAUGCCGCACCAUGUGGGGUUGAGCUCGCCGGCAUUGCGUGCCUGCUCGCUAGCCGAAUGAACGCCUGCCGGCGCUUCAAUAUUUAUAAUAAGCUGAAACCUAGCUAGUGGUGCUUGAAUCCCUGUACUGUAAAGCUGGUCUUUCAAUUCAGGCUCUUUUCCCAAGAGGUUGAGAGGUGGGCACCACAGAGGAGCCCCCGCUGGCCCCGUCUGCCGGCCCUGGUGGCCCAUGGCGAGCGAGCAGAUGCCCCCACUGGAAAGCCGUCUGCCCGCUUUCGUUAGCAACCCUUGCCACGUCUUCCUUCCCCUUGACAGGUUUUCCUUCUUGAUAGGCGAAAGCACAAACACCGGCGUUGCAUCUCGGGGCAUCGGCAGCUUGCUGCCGAUUCACUUUUGGGGUGCCCUAAGGGAGCCGGGCUCUGGU